AUGUACCUCUACAAUACCUUGAUAUCGCAUUUGAGUCAUCAGGGAAAGCGAGUUCUCUCAUUUGCUACAACAGGCAUUAUGGCUGAUCUGUUGCCUCAAGGAAGAACUGUACACAAUGGCUUUAAGCUCCCAGUCCCGAUCUUGGAAAAUUCUACAUCACUGAUGAAGAUUCCAUCACAGCGCUCUGAAGAAUUAAAAUUAGCUGACCUGAUAAUAAUAAUUGAUGAGGCAUCAAUGCUUUCAGGAAAUACAUUGAGGUGCAUUGAUCUACUGCUAAAGGAAAUAAUGAGCUGCCAUAAGCCUUUUGGUGGUAAAGGUCUCCUUCUUGGCGGAGACUUUAGGCAAACUGCACCAGCUGUUCCGAGAGGGUCGGAUGCUGCUAGAAUUGAAUCUUCUGUCAAAUAUUCUCCUCUGUGGAAAGAUGUGACAAUUUUUACUUUAACAGGGAAUAUAUGA